ACAAAAUUGACUUUUUCGUCUUCGUCUUUUUCAUUUAUUUUCAAUUUGUCGGUGUCGUUUCAAGUUUCAGCUUCAGCUUAACUCAUAUAUUGAUUGAUUUGUUUUAUAAUCUAGUCUAAUAUUUAUUGUGGGGUGUAGUUUUAAUUAUUAGGAACGGCUCAUAGUAAAGCGGACGACGUCGUUAUUUCUGAAACGAUAAUAGACAGAAGUACGAAUACCAGAUAUGCCCGAGGAAAGUUCUACGGCAAGGGAGAUUUCGCGAACUUUUACGAAAUCAAAGAUAUGGCUACCGGUCACACGUACGCCGGAAAAAUCGUAUCGAAAAAGUUGCUAACGAAGAGUAACCGAGAAGUGAAACUGACCCAAGAAAUAAACAUCCACAGAAGCCUCAAUCACAAACAUAUCGUCGAUUUCCAAGCUUCUUUUGAGGACGGUGAAUUCGUCUACGUCGUAUUGGAAUUAUGCCAGAAAAGAUCUCUUUUAGAAUUACACAAACGCCGAAACGCUUUAACCGAACCGGAAACCAGAUACUAUAUGAAACAGAUACUGGACGGUGUGCUGUAUUUACACGAUAAUGGAAUUAUUCAUAGAGAUUUAAAACUAAGUAACUUAUUCUUAAACGAUGAUAUGGAGAUGAAAAUCGGCGAUUUUGGAUUCGCUACGAAAAUCGAAUACGAAGGCCAACGAAAAAACAUUAGUAACGUGGCUCCUGAAGAACUGAAUAUGAAAGAAUUUGGCUUGAAAAUAGAUGUUUGGUCUCUUGGUUGUAUUAUGUACACGUUACUCGUUGGCAAGCCUCCUUUCGAAACGAAUUCUUUACGAGAAACCUCCGAACGUAUUAAACGCUGCGAUUACAAAAUUCCUACUGAAAUCAAAGCUCCUGCUGCCAAUCUAAUCUACUCCAUGUUAUUACCAGAUCCAAAGAAAAGACCCACAGCAGAGCAAAUCAUCAGCUCUGAUUUUUUCAACGAUUAUAUACCUUCCAAACUGCCUGUUUCGUGCUUAACUGUUGCUCCUCGAUUCGAUUCUAAACCGUGGCUGAAGUCAAUAAUGGAGGUGAAAACAGUCCAGCUUUGGUGAAAGCUAAAGCAGGAACCGGAGACGUUGAAAACAAAGCCGCAGGUAUCAUGGCUACAACCGGGGAAUGUGAAGAUCACCUCAGAAUGUUGCACACGCAAUUAAAAAUACUUUUGGAAUGCAAACCGUCGCAUUGC